AUGACGCACGACCACAUCCUGACACUGUCGUGCCCGGACAAGCCGGGGAUCGUGCACGCGGUGACGGGGAUCUUCGCGAAGAACAGCCUCAACAUCCUGGACCUGCAGCAGUUCUCCGACCGGACGUCGGAAAGGUUUUUCAUGCGCGUGCACUUCGGGCCGGCCGAGGACACGGCGUCGCUGACGACCUCGUUUGACGCGCUCGCCGCCGAGAUGCAGAUGGACUACCAGCUGCGGCCGGUGGCGCAGAAGCCCAAGGUGUUGAUCAUGGUGUCGAAGAUCGGCCACUGCCUCAACGACCUGCUGUUUCGCCAGAAGACGGGCCAGCUGAGCAUCGAGGUGCCGGUGAUUGUGUCCAACCACGCCGACUUCGAGCCCCUGGCCCGUAGCUACGACGUGGCCUUCCACCACCUUCCCGUCACCAAGGAAACCAAGGCCGACCAGGAGCAGCGCAUCCUCGAUCUGAUCCGCGAACACGACAUCGAACUCGUCGUCCUCGCCCGCUACAUGCAGGUUCUCUCGCCCACGCUAUGCGAGGCCAUGUCUGGCAAGAUUAUCAACAUCCACCACAGCUUCCUGCCCUCCUUCAAGGGCGCAAAGCCCUACCACCAGGCGUAUGACCGCGGCGUCAAGAUCAUCGGCGCCACCGCCCACUUCGUCACCGCCGACCUGGACGAGGGCCCCAUCAUCGAGCAGAGGGUGGCGCGCGUCGACCAUAACCUGACGCCCAAAGAACUGGUCGAUGAAGGCAGCAACGUCGAAAGCCAGGUCUUAGCGGCCGCCGUCAAAUGGUGGUCGGAGAAGCGCGUCUUCAUCAACGGCCACAAGACGGUCGUCUUCAACUGA